GAGGGAGGGGGGUUCAUGGCAGAGCUGUGGCUGGAGAGCAGUGGCUCCUAUUUUUACCGCUUUGCAACACCCUCAUAUCACAACAGCUGUCCCCACAUCUCUUGUCUGUCCACUGUCAGGAAUAGCCGGCCUAUCAGCACGGCCCCUGGUCUCCUCAGCUCUGCUGCUGCGCUCUCCACUCUGCGUGUCUCAAACCGCUUGCUCGGAUCUCGUCCGCUUUGUUCGCUUUUUCAUUUGAUCGGUGACUUGCGAAGACUGAAGUUGUGGAAUUACUUCACUGACAGCUCCCCUCCUCCUGCUGCUCUCAUCUCAUCCAUCACAGCCAAUGACAGCAGAUUAGCCGACAUGGCAUUCUCAUCUCGCUUUUCCUUCUGGGAGCAAAAGAUCAAAGAAGAGAACAAGCCAGACAGCAAAAGUCCCGACAGUAAUGGGCUGCUCAACCAGGCCAAGUCAGUGCCAGCUCUAGACCCUGGUAGGGGAUUAUUCCGGGCAAAAAGUCCCCUAUCAGUUUUACCUACAGAGUCGGUAGCCCGGGUCAGGAGUCCCUCCCCUCCUAAAGUGAGGACUCCUGUUAAAGUGCCAGAACGCUUCAAAAGUCCGGAGCCACCAAAGGUGGUGGAACAGCUCAGGAGUCCUGAACCGCCAAAAGCUGCUUUGAGCUCAGCGCCGGUUAUGAACAGUGAUCGAGAACAAAAUGGCACAGUGGCCAAAAGCAUGCUCAAUGGUACAGGCACUGGUAAUACAAAACUGGCAGGCUCCAGCACCAACCAGAUGGAUACUACAGAUGACCCAGGUCUGACACGUAAGAAAGUAGUAAAGGUGGUUCGCCGUGUUGUCAGGAAGAUCCUGCCCUCAGAAGAGGAUGAGACCAGUAUGCUAACCCGACCAUCAGACAAAGCUCCAGAAUCAGCCAAUCCUGAAGCUGAAGCAGUUAAAGCAGUGCCAGCACCGAUUCUGAUGUCAAAGCCCGCUGUGAUGCCAGCAUUCUCUUUUAAACAUGACGUCAUCAAAACAGAAGACAGAGAUGAUAUUUCACAAGGACUGACAAACUUCAUGGCCAGAGGCAGGACAAGGGAGCCACGCCCACGAUUACGCAAGGAUGAACGACCAGAAAAAUUAGAGCUGGAAAAGAAAAAUGAGAAGGAAGAGGUGAAAGUUGAGCCAAAGGAGGCAAAAGAGGAGAAGAGUGAAGAUAAAGACACCCUUAAACCACAAGAGGUCAAACCAACAAGCUCUGGUCCCGUUAUACCAGAAGUCAAAUCUCCUGUGGUUGCUUUAAAUCCACCCAGCAAGGCUCCUGCACUCUCAGCUCCAACUUCUUCCAAAUCGACUCAUUCCAGACCUUCAUCUCUCCCACCUGUUGUCGGCUUUAUUCCGGCUCCCAAGCCCUCAUCUUUGUCUCCACCUCCUGGCUUCAUACCUGCAGCCAAACCAACCGCUGCCACAAAAUCCACCCCCGCAAAUCCUCCUUCCACCCCAGGGGCCCCAAAAUCAUCCUCGCUCUCUCCUCCACCCCGUUUCAUCCCACCUAAACUCUCUCCUCAUGCAACUCCCAUGAGCCUUGAUCACCCCCCUCGUGAUCCUGGUCCACUGUCCGCCCCUCCAGGAGCCAUUCCCAUUCAACAACCUGUUAUCAGUCAGCAAGAGGAGGCACCGCUCAGUCCCACCGAGGAGGCUCAGAGACGCCUGAUGAGGAUCUUCAGUACCCCUCUGGAACCGGCAGUCACUGUUUCGUCUUGUGUCCAAGCCCCUCCCCCUGUGGCCCCGCAGCCCCAGGGCCCCCUUCAGGUACCGCAGCCCUCCAGCCUUCCACUGAGCCUCCUGGCUGGGAUUUGUACUCAUGUGGCUUGUCGGAGUGGAUCAGUGGAAGAGGACCCUGUGGCCCUCCUCCUGGCAUCUCACACUGCAGCUAAGCCAUCCCAGGUGAAGACAGAGGAGCAGAUUGCAGCCGAGCAGGCCUGGUAUGGAUCAGAGAAAGUUUGGCUAGUUCACAAAGAUGGCUUCUCCCUGGCCACCGUGGUGAAGACGGAGCCCGGCUCCCUGCCAGAAGGCAAGGUGAAAAUCAAACUGGAACAUGAUGGGACAACACUGGAUGUGGACGAAGAUGAUGUUGAGAAGGCCAACCCGCCAUCGUACGACCGAUCAGAGGACCUGGCUUCGCUGCUUUAUUUAAAUGAAUCCAGUGUGAUGCACAGCUUGAGGCAGCGCUAUGGAGGCAACCUCAUCCACACCUAUGCUGGACCCAACAUGGUUAUUAUCAACCCCCUCAGCACACCCUCCAUGUACUCUGAGAAGGUGAUGCACAUGUUCAAAGGCUGCCGGCGCGAAGACUCGGCUCCUCACAUCUAUUCUGUCGCUCAGUCGGCCUACCGCAACCUGCUCACCACCCGUCAGGAUCAGUCCAUUGUGCUGCUGGGCAAGUCCGGCAGCGGCAAGACCACCAACUGCCAGCACCUGGUCCAGUAUUUGGUUUCCAUUGCUGGGAGCACAGGCAAAAUCUUCUCUGCUGAGAAGUGGCAGGCUGUCUACACCAUCCUGGAGGCUUUUGGCAACAGCUCCACGUCUAUGAACACCAAUGCCAGUCGCUUUUCCCAUGUUGUUUCCCUUGAUUUUGACCAGGCGGGGCAGGUGGCCUCCGCCUCCAUCCAGACAAUGCUGCUGGACAAACUGAGGGUGAGCAGACGACCUGAGGCAGAGUCCACCUUCAAUGUCUUUUACUACAUGAUGGCCGGAGCUGACAACAGCCUGAGAACGGAGCUGCACUUUAACCACCUGGCUGAGAACAGUGCUUUCGGGAUCCUGCCACAGUCAAAGCCUGAGGACAAACAGCGAGCCUCGCAGCAGUUCACCAAGCUGCAGGCAGCCAUGAAGGUGCUUGGCAUUUCUGGUGAAGAGCAGAAGGCCCUCUGGCUCAUCCUGGGAGCCAUUUACCACCUGGGGGCUGCAGGAGCCACAAAAGAUGGAGAUGAAGCGGGACGUAGACAGUUUGCCCGUCAUGAAUGGGCUCAGAAGGCGGCCUAUCUGCUGGGCUGUACUCUGGAAGAGCUAUCCUCUUCUAUCUUUAAGCACCAGGCCAAGGGACUGCAGCACUCCACCUCAUUCAGAGGAGGAUCAGAUGAAGCCAGCCAAGGUGACAGCACAGGAUCUAAGGUGACAGCUUUGGAGUGUUUGGAGGCCAUGGCAUCUGGUCUGUACUCUGAGCUCUUCACUCUUGUCAUCUCCCUCAUUAACAGGGCUCUGAAGUCCAGUCAACACUCUCUGUGCUCCCUGCUGAUCGUGGAUACUCCGGGUUUCCAGAACCCUCGGAUGGCUCAGCAGCAGCGGGGGGCCACGUUUGAGGAGCUCUGCCACAACUACACCCAGGAAAGGCUGCAGACCCUGUUCCAUGAACGCACCUUUGUUCAAGAGCUGGAGAGAUACAAGGAGGAAAAUAUAGAGCUUGCUUUAGAUGACAUAGAGUCCAGUACCUCACUGUCUGUAGCAGCUAUUGACCAGGCCUCAACCCAAGCUCUGGUGCGUACUCUGGCUAGGACGGAUGAGGCUCGGGGACUUCUGUGGCUGAUGGAGGAGGAGGCUGUUCAACCUGGAGGUUCAGAGGAAACGAUGCUGGAGAGACUCUUCAACUACUAUGGCUCUGAACAGGGAGAAAACAAAGGAGUCAGUCUGCUGUUUCGAGGAGAGAAGCCCCACCUGUUCUUACUGGGACACAGCCAUGGGACAGACUGGGUGGAGUACAACACUCAGGGCUGGCUGAGCCACGCCAAGCAUAAUCCUGCCUCCCAGAAUGCUGCCACACUGCUGCAGGACUCCCAGAAGAAGAACAUUAGUGGGCUGUUUAUGGGCCGGGCCAGCGGGGCCACAGUGUUGUCAGGCUCCAUUGCCGGUCUAGAGGGUGGGUCCCAGCUCGCACUGCGACGAGCCACCAGCAUGAGGAAAACCUUCACCACAGGUGUGGCUGCCGUCAAGAAGAAGAGCAUGUGUAUCCAGGUCAAGCUCCAAGUGGAUGCUUUGAUUGACAUGGUGCGCCGCUCCAGGGUUCACUUUGUCCACUGCCUGCUGCCCAAAGCAGAGGCAGUGGGUGGUGGAGGUGAGCCCCGUGUGACGCAUGGAGAGAGCCCGGACUCAGGCCUCAUGACUUUGGAUGUGGGCCUUCUCAGAGCUCAGCUCAGAGGAUCCAAGCUGCUGGAUGCACUGCGCAUCUACAGGCAAGGAUACCCAGACCACAUGGUGUUCUCCGAGUUCCGCAGGCGCUUUGAUGUCCUGACGCCACAUUUGACAAAGAAACACGGUCGCCACUACAUUGUGACAGAUGAGAGGAGGGCAGUGGAGGAGUUAUUGGAGUCCAUGGAGCUGGAGAAGAGCAACUACCACAUGGGGCUGAGCAGGGUUUUCUUCAGAGCAGGGACUCUGUCCAGGCUGGAGGAACAGCGAGACAUUCAGACCAGGAGGAACAUCACUUUGUUCCAAGCUGCCUGCAGGGGAUACCUGGCCAGGCAUGCUUUCAAAAAGAGGAAGAUCCAGGAUCUGGCCAUCCGCUGCAUCCAAAAGAACAUAAAGAAGAAUCGUGGUGUCAAAGACUGGCCCUGGUGGAAGCUCUUGACCACAGUCAGACCUCUGAUAGAAGUGCAGCUCACAGAGGAACAGAUCCGCGGCAAAGAUGAAGAGAUCCAGCAGCUGAAGCAGAGGUUGGAGAAGGUAGAAAAAGAGAGGAAUGAGCUGAGACUCAACAGCGACCGCCUCGAGAGUCGGAUCACAGAGCUUUCGUCAGAGCUGGCUGAUGAACGGAACACUGGGGAGUCGGCCUCCCAGCUGCUGGAGACAGAGACUUCUGAGAGACUUCGCCUGGAGAAGGACAUGAAGGACCUGCAGGCCAAGUUUGACAGCAUGAAGAAACAGAUGGAGUCCAUGGAGAUGGAGGUGAUGGAGGCUCGACUCAUCAGGGCUUCUGAACUCAAUGGAGAAAUGGAUGAUGAUGACACAGGAGGAGAGUGGAGGCUGAAGUAUGAACGAGCCAUCAGGGAGAUUGAAUUCACCAAGAAGAGACUGCAGCAGGAGUUUGACGACAAGCUGGAAGUGGAGCAGCAGAACAAACGGCAGCUAGAGAGGAGGAUCGGCGACCUGCAGGCCGAUAACGAGGAGUCCCAGCGAAACAUCCAGCAGCUGAAAAAGAAAACUCAAAGAAUGACAGCUGAAUUGCAGGACACCAAACUUCACCUGGAGGGCCAACAGAGCCGCAAUCAUGACCUGGAGAAGAAGCAGAGGAAGUUUGACAGUGAAGUGAGUGCAGCCCAGGAGGAGGUGCAGAGAGAGAGGAGCCUGAGGGAGAAACUGGCCCGUGAGAAAGACAUGCUGUCUGGAGAAGCUUUCAGCCUCCGACAGCAGCUGGAGGACAAGGACCUGGAGGUAUGUGCGGUCAACCUGAAGCUGGACCAGCUUGAGGCUGAGCUGCAGGACCUCAACUCCCAGGAAUCCAAGGAUGAAGCAUCUCUGGCCAAGGUGAGGAAGCAACUUCGCGACAUGGAGGCCAAGGUGAAGGACCAGGAGGAAGAGCUGGAUGAGCAGGCUGGUACCAUCCAAAUGUUGGAGCAGGCUAAACUACGUCUGGAGAUGGAGAUGGAGCGUUUGCGUCAAACCCAUUCCAAGGAUAUUGAGAGCAAAGAUGAUGAAGUAGAAGAGAUCAGACAGUCGUGCAGCAAGAAGCUGAAGCAAAUGGAAGUCCAGCUUGAAGAAGAGUAUGACGAGAAGCAGAAGGUGCUGAAAGAAAAGAGAGAGCUGGAGUCAAAGCUUCUGACAGCACAGGACAAGGUGAGAAGUGGUGACCUAGAAACUGAGAAGCGUUUGAGGAAAGACCUGAAGAGAACCAAGGCUCUGCUGGCUGACGCCCAGAUCAUGUUGGACCACAUAAAGAACAAUGCACCCAGCAAGAGGGAAAUCGCCCAGCUCAAGAACCAGCUGGAGGAGUCCGAGUUCACCUGUGCAGCUGCUGUUAAGGCUCGCAAAUCCAUGGAGGUGGAGAUUGAAGACCUGCAUGUUCAGAUGGAGGACAUCUCCAAAACAAAACAGGCGCUGGAGGAGCAGCUGAGUCGGGUCCAGAGGGAGAAGAAUGACCUGCAGUCCAGGAUGGAAGAAGACCAAGAGGACCUCAACGAGCUGAUGAAGAAACACAAGGCCGCUGUGGCUCAGUCAGCCCAGAACCUGGCUCAGAUCAGUGACCUGCAAGCCCAGCUGGAGGAGGCCCUCAAGGAGAAGCAGGAGAUUCAGGAGAAGAUGCAAGCCCUUCAGAGCCAGCUGGAGUUCCAGGAACAGUCCAUGGUGGAGAAGUCCCUUGUCAGUCGUCAGGAGGCCAAGAUCCGUGAACUGGAGUCCAAGCUGGAGUUUGAGAAAACACAGGUCAAACGUCUGGAGAGCCUUGUAGCUCGUCUUAAGGAGAACCUAGAGAAGCUGACAGAGGAACGAGACCAGCGCAGCAGCAGUGAGAAUCGAGAGAAGGAGCAGAACAAACGUCUGCAGAGACAGAUCCGCGACUUCAAAGAGGAGAUGGGUGAGCUGGCUAAAAAGGAAGCUGAGGCCAGCCGCAAAAAACAUGAGCUGGAAAUGGACAUUGAGAGCUUAGAGGCUGCUAAUCAGAGCCUGCAGGCUGACCUCAAGCUGGCCUUCAAAAGGAUUGGUGACCUCCAGGCAGCCAUUGAGGAUGAGAUGGAGAGUGAUGACAAUGAAGACCUCAUUAACAGUUUGCAAGACAUGGUGACAAAGUAUCAGAAAAGACAAAACCGAAUUCAGGGGGAUUCAGACACAGACUCUGAGGUGGAGGACCGUGUGGAUGGAGUGAAGUCCUGGUUGUCCAAAAGCAAAGGUUCUGCGAAGAACCUCUCCGAUGAUGGAAGUCUCAAGAGCUCCAGGUCAGUGCGAAGCCCCCCUGGCCAAAGACGCUGCUGCUUUGAUAGAUCUGAUGAAGAAGAAGAGGAAGAAGACAAAGAAGAAGGCAGGGCGGCCCAGGGCUCCCACUACUCUCGAUACAGAUAUGACAGUCAUGUGAAAGACAAUGAAGGCGAGGACAGGCCUUAUGAGACCACAUCAUAGCAUCAUCAUCCUUGCUGACAACAUUCAUUGUCUGAAAUGCACCCUCAUUUUACUGUGACAGUUCGCCUUGCAUGCAAAGUUGAUUGACGAUGUGGUCAGUACAGUUGUACACUUUAACACUCACAACCUUGCUAUAGGAAAAUCCAGACAUUCGCAUACUGUGGAUGAUUCAAAAGUGUUGCUAUAGCCAUCUAUAGCAAAUCCUCAUAGUUUUUGUUUGUUUUUUUAAAUCCACAUGGUCUUUUGGACUUGGCGCUAACAGAACACAGCACCUGCUGCGUGUGCACCUUACUGCACACACACCACGUCCGUUAUUAACGACGACUACACUCUGCUGGUUGCAUGUAAGCAGCAGUUGCUUGGCUUGAGCAGCCAUCCUAUUUAAUUCCCGUCAUUAUGGUUGUAACUGAGCCAAAGAACUUGAGCUUGCAACGAUAACAGAUCCUUUCCCUGUUUUGUCUCUGUCUCUCUUCUUACCUUCUUUCCUUAUAGUACACAAAAAUAAUAUGUAUUGCCAAAAAGCCUUUGUUCAAAUAUGUGUGUGCACUGUUUUACUUUUUGCCAGUCCUGGGUAAAGUCCUUGGCUUUUUCUUUUUCUUUCCUUUUUGGAACAAGUGAUAUUUGAUUUAAGUGGACUCAUCUACAGCUGGCCUCACUGCAGCUGUUGUUUUUCAUGAACUGCUGUGCUUUUUUCGCUGGCAAAUGAUCUCUUCCUUACAGGGCAAAUGGAUUGCAUCAUUAACUGCUCCACCAUGAAAGUGAAACAUCUGAAUCCUCUGUUUUUGGUGUUUAACAAAAUUAUUUUUCACAGGACCGCCAUCAAAGUUUAGUUAUGAGAAAUGCCUUUAUGCCUUUUCUAUGUUUAUUUCCACUUGAUUUGAAGUACUUGCCAAAAUUCUUUAGUGAUGAAGAGACUUUGGCUUUGUCCUUUCUGCCAUCUGUGUUUUCAUAAUUUUGAUGUGUUUUCCUUUACCAAAGAGAAUGUACUUCUACUUUGGGCACCAGUCAUUUGUUGGUUUCUCACAAAAACUUACAGAACAGAUGGUAUCCUCAACCAGCAUUCAAAGGAAAAGUCUUGUGUUAUUCUAUUUUUUUAUUGCCAACUAAUCACAUGGAAAGACCAAUAACAACGUUGCCUUUUGGCUUUGGAAACGCUCCUUUUUUGGAGCUUUCAGCCGUGUAUUUUGGUCUUCUUCAGCAAAUGGAGCUGGCUCAGGUGUCAUCACACACUCUUAGUUUUAAACCUGUUGGUUCCAACUGAAGACAUAAAUCUAAAAAUGGCUCACAGAUAUAUAGAUUGAAAAAAAGGAUCAGUAAUUUCUUACAUUGCUUGUUACUCUAAAAGUGAACAGUACAAUGCAGAUCAUAAAACACAUUUUCUAAAAUAUAUAAUUCAAACAAACUUGAUGCAAUGCAUGAUCCGUUUGAGUUCCGUGAACACAACACACGUAGCCUGUCCUGAAGUGUGUUCUGCCAUUAGUGUUUUGUUCAUUCACCGUGCCUCUGCUGCCUCCCCUAAGUGACAAGCUUGCAUUACUGCAUAGUCUGUUGCACCUUACGCAGUCCGAAAACAACUUGAUCUAUCCAGGAUUUUUCCAUCCGUGGCUGCCACACGUUACUUUUGUUGUUAUGAUUAUUCGUUCAGCACUGCUAGGAAGUUUUCUCCAUUUGAUGCGAGUUAAUAGAACAUUAGCCUGGUUUACGGUUACGGCGACAGGGCAUGUAGUAGACGAUGACGGUGAAAGGCACAUCCUGUUGCAGUUAUACACUGAGAAUCUGUAAUACAGCAACGUCAUUACACCAAUAUCACUUUCCCCCCCAUGUCACAAGUUUUCCAAUCCAAUGAGAUAGCUCAUGCUUUGGACUCUCUAGCUGUCGGUCCCCUCAAAGGUAGAUACUGUCAGGAUGAUUUGCUAUUGAUUAGAGAUAAAAAUUUGAACUUCAUAAGUUGAAUUUGAUCGCCGUGAUGCAGUUUUAAUGAACCAGUGUUAACUCAUCCUUAAUGGAUUUGUGGAUUUUGGUGAAAAUAAGAAGGAUCCACAAUACCACCACCCUUCUGUUUUAAAGGCUCAUUGGGUAAUUUAACUGUAACCUUAUUAACUGGACACCUUACAGCCACCAAUAUAACCAAUACUGUGAAGUCAUGUAAACAGCAAGAAGGUGAAACCUGCAUUUUCAUUGUCGCUGACUGUUGUGUCACUCCAUGUCGUCAUCUGUCUGGUAUUUACUGAGUAGCAUUAAGAUAUUUAUGAAAGCCAUUUAAGGUCCAGGAAAGACAGGAAUACAUUUGUGGAUGUUUUUCCAUUGUGGGAGAAGUUGUGUGCGAUUCUACUAUACAUGCUUUUUGUAGACUAUUCAUUUUUAUUCUCUCUGCAGUCAACACCAGUGUGGAAAUGCAUUUUGAUUUCAUUGACCCUGAUGAAAGUGUCUGGCUUCAACAGAAACAAAAAAAACAAAAGUGCAGGCAUGAUAUUGCUGACUGCACACAGUAUUUAUAUAUAAAUAUGUGUAUGAUUCAUGCUAGCUUUGAAAAUAGUUAUUGUUUAUUUUCAUUAUUGAACAAAUUGACCACUUGUUAUAAAUUUUGCAUUACAGUUUAAUAUAUUGUAAAUAAACAAUGGUGAUUGUUUUAGAA